UCUUAACAGCGGUCACCUGCUGCAGCAGCGCAGAGCGGAGCAGAAAGCGGGGCAGCUCACUGAGGAACUUGGGGUGAAUCCUCUGAACCGCGGACUGUCAACAUGGAUCUUAACGGCAGCUCACAGGGCGCAGCUUCUGGGAACACAGGGCCAGUUCUGCACUAGCAUCUCAUUCUGAAGCCCCCAAACACGCAUAGGGACGGCUGCAGACAAAUCCCAUUAGGCACCACAGCUCAGCUCUGUGCUAUGGAGGUCCACCGAUAAGCACUUGGGGGAACCGGACUCUGUCGGAAUCUCGCCAAAAUUACGACGGGAAUCAAGUACAGCUCCCUGUCGCCCGGCAACGGGAGAGACCACAAGCCACUCGUGAUGUCUCGUGCCAAGGAGAGGCUGAAAGGCGGGAAUGAGAUCAAGGACAGCGUCACUCUUCUGCCGUGCUUUUAUUUUGUAGAGCUCCCCAUCCUGGCCUCUUCUGUUGUCAGUCUCUACUUCCUGGAGCUGACGGAUAUUUUCCAGCCGGUGCAUUCUGGGUACAGCUGUAAUGACCGCAGUCUGUCUCUGCCCUACAUCCUGCCCAGACAGGAAGUCUGCACGCUGCCUCUGCUCUUCAGCUUGGCCUUCGCGGCUCCCACCGCCACUAUUCUGAUCGGAGAGGCCAUUCUGUACUGCUAUCUGUCCCGGAGGUCAGCAGCCACUCAGACGGAGGCCAACAUCAACGCUGCAGGCUGUAAUUUCAACUCCUACAUCCGCAGGGCUGUACGCUUCAUAGGUGUCCAUAUCUUUGGCCUGUGUGUGACAGCGCUGAUAACGGACAUCCUCCAGCUGUCCACCGGGCAGCACACCCCCUACUGGCUGGAUGUGUGUAAGCCCAACCUGACCCACAUUAACAUGUCCACCUGUGAUGAGGCUUUUAUUCUGGAGGACAUCUGCUCUGGACAAGACCCUGGGCUCAUCAAUGCUGGGAGGAAGACAUUCCCCUCCCAGCAUGCAACUCUGGCUGCUUUCGCUGCGGUCUACAUCUCAAUGUACUUCAACGCGGUGUUGACGGACUCGGCCAAGCUGCUGAAGCCUCUGCUCGUCUUCUCCUUCAUCAUGCUCGCCAUCCUGGCCGGCCUCACCAGGAUCAUCCAGUUCAGGAACCAUCCUGUGGACGUGUACUGCGGCUGGCUGCUGGGAGCUGCCAUCGCCGUUUAUCUGGGUGUGUAUGCUGUGGGGAAUUUCCAGCCGAGUGAGGAUCGGUCUAGAAAUCGAGCACCUACCCCGACCCUCAGAGAGCCCCCCCUCUCCUCCUUACCAAAUGUCAGCCAAUCAGCACAUAGCAACAGCCACCAAGGUCACCACACCCUGGCUCCCAGCCAACCAGAGCCCAUCAUCACGAGGACCUCCUCCCACACUUUGUCCCUCAACCAACCAGAGCACAUCCUGACUCGGAGCGCCUCCUACCGAGAGCCGUCUAUGAAUAUGAAGCGAGCCAGUGCUGACGUGGAGGUGAUCACCCCGUCCAGCCCCAUGGGCCCCACCGACAACAUGAUGACCUUCAGCAGCAGCACCCUGCCAAGGUCUCACGGAGGCUCCUCAUUGGAGGAGGGUCGCAAUCCACGUCGUCACGCCGCCAUCCACGCAUCAAUGGAUUCAACCAGAUCCAAACAGCUGCUCAGCCAAUGGAAGAAUAAAAACGACAACAGGAAGCUGUCCCUGCAGGUAAUGGAUGGAAUCAGACCUUGCACCUCCUCCUCUCCUCAGAGAAACAUGGAGCUGCGCUGCUCCUCUGAGCCUUCUGCCAUGGGCCUGGAGGCGGAGCUCCGCGCUGGAACACACCUGCCUUCACUUAUCAGCUGUCAGGAGACGGAGCUGCGUGCUGGGGGCCACAUCCCAGCUCAGUACAUGAAACUAGCGGCAAGCUCUGUUCCUAUGACCAAUCAUAAUCACCUGCAACAUAACGGCAGCACAGGAAUGGCUGGUGGGGCCAGAGUGUCUAUCCAAUCCCGGCCUGGGUCCUCGCAGCUGGUUCACAUUCCUGAGGAGGAAAACGUCAUGAGCAGGGAUCAGGAGAGUGAGUCAGAGGACAGCAUGAUGGACGGUGGGGGGUCAGUGAGAGAGAAGUGGAUGAGAGUGGCCGAGAAGACCACCAUCCCCUGCAGGCCGCUCAGUGCUGGAGGACAGCCUCGUCUUAUGCAGGUGAUAGCCUUAACCAAACAGCAGGGUCUGCUGUACUCUCCUCGGUCCGAGGACGGGGGAUCCGUUCGAUACAGAGCCCUGACAGACCAGGACCCAUCACCGCCGGCUUCCACCACUGGAGCAUUGGGAGGAGGAGGAGGUUUAGAAAGAAGUGGAAGUAUAGUCCGUAUCGAUGCCCACCCAGAGUCCAGAUCAAACAAACCUGUGGUGAAACCUCCGAGCACGGACGGAAGUGGCUCCUGGCGAUGGAAACCACCCGAUCAACGACCAUCCCUCCGCCAGUCGCCGUUCCCCCUCGACGACUUGAACAGACACACAGACAGCUGUGAUUCGCUAAGGGACGGAGGGUCAGUGGACGGCCGGAGGAGCGUGACAGGAAUCGAAAUGGAAAGUGAUGGGGGAGGAGAUGGAGGGGGUGGAGGAAUAGGAGAAGGGGGGGAAGAAGGUGUAUACACAAACCAUCCCCAUGUUGUACACCCUUUACAUCCCUUACAUCCAAAUAACCCCAACAACUUUCAGCACCCCAAUUUUAACCCCAACAAUCCCAACUUUAAUAACAUUCACCUUAACUUUAACCCUAACUCUGUCAACUUUAACCCCAACUCUGUAAACUUUAACCCCAACUCUGUAAACUUUAACCCCAACUCUGCAAACUUCAACCCCAACUCUGCCAAUUUUAACCCCAACUCUGCAAACUUCAACCCAAACUCUGCCAAUUUUAACCCCAACUCUGCAAACUUCAACCCAAACUCUGCCAAUUUUAACCCUAACUCUGCAAACUUCAACCCUAAUUCUGGCAACUUUAACCCCAAUUCUGUAAACUUCAACCCUAACUCUGCCAACUACAACCCAAACUCGGGCAACUUUAACCCAAACUCUGGCAACUUUAGCCCCAACUCUACCAACUCCAACAUGACGAUACCCCCCCCCUGCAAGCUUUGCUCCUCCCUUCCAUCCCCACCCUCAGGCCAUCACCACCAUCAGAGUCACUCCGGUGGAUGGAACGGCUGCCAGCAGCGACGGUGGAUCGGACUGCCAGUCCGUGGCCUCUUCGAGUUGUGAGUCAACCCUGAGGAGGAAGAGUGGCUCCCACAUCAUCCAUGUCCCAGAUCGAGGGCCCACACCCGACCUCCACAAUAACCACCGUAUCUGUGAUGACAGUAACCGUUUCGACAACGAAAGCCUUUUUCAGGAAAACUUUCAAAGUUUCCAAGAAAACCCCAUCCACCCGAACCAUCCCAACCACCCCAGCAGGCAGUUGCAGGGGAUGUUUGGGCGUCCCAGCCCAACGGCUCCCCCUACCCUACCCCGCCCCAUAAUAACUCACACUCCACCACCUACUCUGGGGUUGGCCUACAAAGAAUGAUACACUUUUUGUUAAAAUCAUAUCCUAAACCUGGAAUUUAAAACAUGUCCUUCUUGACCAGAACAAUAUUUAAACAAAUAUGAGAGCAAGUUUGGUUAAAUCUGUCCACCACCGAGGGUCAGCUAUUAGGGAAUCGGAUGACCAAAAACAUUUAGGACCCAACUGCAACCUGUCACCUGGUUAAUAAGGGCACAAUAUUUGGCCAAUUGUGACGCCCAGCAGCUUGCUGACUGAAAAUGCGUUAUUUCUUUAAAGGAGACGUACGUGAGCUGAUCAGGACCUAUUUUCAAAAAGUUAUAUUUCCCCUUUUUUUGAGUAGUAACAUAUUUAGCUCGGCCCAGGAUCUCCCACCGGCAAAUACGACAUAAAUCUUGGCAUUGCUGCUCACAAGAGGGGUAAGUUUGAUUCAACGUGUUUACUUUUUGUCACUUUUUAUUCGUAAAUGUGAAAAAUGUAGUACACUUGCUUCCUAGGCUCAAGGAUAAUGGGCUUAGUAAAGUGCUGACCCUUCGACUGGCUUAGCUCUGUCCCAUUGCUCAACAACAGUGCAGCGCUCAUCUUUUUGUCAUACUGUACACAGGUGACAAUAUUAAUAUAUAAACAUUACAUUGAUCCCACAUGUCAUCAGAUGGAUAUUUGCAUUCAAACCUGUAAAUGUGCUGUGUAUGCACAUUUGUACAUAUGAAUGUGGGUGGCCACAGUGGAAACUAAACCCACAGUCACAAUGAAAAUUGUGUCUGGGCUACAAGGUGUCCCUUUUUGGUAAUAACAGUAUAUCCUGGUGGUAUUGUGUUUGUGAUGAAGAACAAUAACAUGGGACACAGCUUGUGUUUAAAAGUAGUUCAACAAGCGCUCUGUUUUUGACAUGCUGUGUGUUAUAGAUGUGCACUGUAUAAACUGUCUGUGUAGUAACUGUACUGUACAUUGACACAUGCAGCAUGUGAGUCUUCUGAACCAACUUAGAGCAUACACAAGAACUUUCAGUUUGGUUCAUUUUCACCACGUCCCCCAGCAUUGCAGUAUUACAAUUAAAGUAACAGAAAAA